UAAUUUCGGCAUGGUUGGAAAAGAAUUGAAGGAGUAUUAAAUUUAUAUGUGCUCUUACUGCUUAUGGAAGACAUUCAUUCUGCCCAGGAGGGCUGAAAGAAGAAUUUUGUCUUGAUUCUAAAUGUGUGUGUAGCAUUAUGCUUCUUUGGAGCUCUGAGAAAGAGUGGGAGUAAUGAGGCUGCCAGUAUGUCAUCGAGGGAUGUUGAUGGGGAUAUCAAAGAAUUCUUAGAUGGCAUCAACUUGGGACAAUAUGCUCCAAACUUUCAAAGCUCUGGCUACAACACUUUGCAAGACUGUGCAGGGAUAAACAACCAUGCACUUCAACAAAUUGGAAUAUCUCCUACUGGGCACCGCCGAAGAAUUCUCAAGCAGUUGGAGGCCGUAUUCACAAGAAUGCUGGAAAAAUCUGCAUCUGCUGAAAACCAGAAAAUGGAAAGUGCUGAAGAGUUAGGAAAUGGUUGUUCCAGCAUGCAUCCGCGGAAUCCAAAUGAGAGCGAAGCAACUAAACUGGUAUCCAGUGAAUGGACCAGUAUGGAUUUGGGUAAUAAUUGUGUGUCUAUGGGGGAUCAAGAGGUUGUAGACCGUGAAUCUGUAGAAGCCACAGGCAUCACACCUUCAUAUUUAGGCUCUUGUCACCUCUUAAACUGGUCACCAGAAGUUACAGCGGUUUCAGGAAAUGCACUGCGUGAAAAGAUCUCAUCUGUAGAUAAUCUGUUAGGAAAAGUACAGUCAGAAACUGUUAUCGCUGAAGCAGAUGCUGCUGGCAAUGAAAUGAAGUCAAGUCAGGAUGAGUGUCAGAUUUUGGCAAGUUUGGCUGAUACUUCACCUGGCUCCCCGUUUGUUGAAUUUAAAGGUGAAAUGGUGGAGAACGACUUGUAUGGCACUUGUAACCUGAGUCCUGCCAAAGUGGCCCCUCGAUCAACGCGAUCUUUCAUUCUUAGGCACCGUCCUGUUCCAGAAAUACCUGGCUCUGCUACACCUACAGCUUCAACAAGCUCUCUGCAAGUAAGAAGAAACAUGAAUAACUUAAAUAUCUCUUGUACAGAGAGUCAUAUUACACAAAGGCGAGAUCCUGCUGAAGAAAAGCCGCCUCCAAUAUCUCCAUAUGGGGAAACCUUCCUUAUCAGCUGCUCAGAAGAUGUGGAAGUAUGUGGCAAAGCAUUGUCAGAUUCCCUGGAAGAGAACAGAGAAGAGAAAAGCACUCAAGGAGGCAGCCUUGUGAGAAAAAUACGGACCCAUAAUAAUAUUCAAAACCAGAAAGUCUCUGAAGAUGUUGCAAACAGUGAACCCCUGCCCCAAGAAGAUAAAUCUGUUGUGUUAAACAGAUUCAUUGGUGAAGCUGAAAGUUUCUCAGUGAAGGAGUGUGCUCGGUAUGCACGAAGAGGGAAAUAUAGAACAUCAAGAAGCACUGGUGGAUUCAGAAGUGGGAAUCGGGACUUUAGUACUACAGAGCAGAUGUAUGACAAUGUUGAUGAACUGACCAAUAGCCCUGAAGACUCCAUAACACCCUAUGCCUGCUUUUAUGGGCCAGCAACAAAGAAGGUCAAGGAAGGAUGGCUGGAUAAGCUGUCUCCUCAGGGGAAGCACAUGUUUCAGAAGCGUUGGGUAAAGUUUGACGGGGGCAGCAUUUCCUAUUACAAUAAUGACAAGGAGGUGUACUCAAAGGGAAUAAUUCUCCUUGCUGCUAUGUCGGCAGUCAGAAUCCAUGGGGACAACAAAUUUGAAGUUGUUACAGCGCACCGGAUAUUUGUCUUCAGGACUGAAAAAGAAGAUGAAAGAAAUGACUGGGUUAAUACUAUAAAAAGUGCUUUGCAUUCACAACCUGAAAUCUGUCGAGAACGGACAUCUCUUCCACCUGAGAAAAGUGGGUAUCUGGAAUUGAAAGGAUACAAAGCCAAGAUCUUUACCUUGCUACAAGGACACAGUGUAUGGAUCUGCAAAAAUGACCAGGAUUUCAAAACUGGAUAUGGCAUCACCUUAAUCCCCAUGAAUGUGGCCAAUGUAAGGCAGAUAGAUCGGACUGCAAAACCAUCUUUUGAAAUAAUUACACCAUACAGAAACUUCAGCUUUACGGCAGAGACGGAAAAAGAAAAGCAGGAGUGGAUCGAAGCAUUGCAACAGUCCAUAGCGGAAACUCUCUCUGACUAUGAAGUAGCUGAGAAGAUCUGGUUCAAUGAAUCAAACAGGUUCUGUGCUGAUUGUAAAGCCCCGGAUCCAGACUGGGCGUCCAUCAAUCUCUGUGUUGUCAUUUGUAACAAGUGUGCAGGACAGCACAGAUCACUUGGGCCCAGAGAUUCCAAGGUUCGAAGCCUCAAAAUGGAUGCCAGCAUUUGGAGCAAUGAACUCAUUGAGCUUUUUAUUGUGAUAGGGAAUAAGAGGGCAAAUAGCUUUUGGGAAGGGAAUCUUCCACCAGGUGAGGAAUUGCUUAUGGAUGCUGCAACAGACAGGAGGCUAAGGUUUAUCACUCAAAAAUAUAAAGAGGGAAGAUUCAGAAGAACCACUCUACUGCAUCAUACUAAAGAAGAACUAAAUAAGGCCCUGUGCGCUGCAGUGGUGAAGCAGGAUGUAUGGGAAACAAUGAUGUUGUUGUUCAGUGGAGCAGAUGUGAUGUGUGCUACUGGAGAUUCACUCUACAGCACUCCAUACCUGCUAGCCAAGAAAUCUGGGCAGAGGCUCCAAAUGGAAUUCCUCUACCACAAUAAGUUUUCAGAUUUUUCUAACUACGAUGCUCAUUCAGACAGUGUUUCCUGUCAAGAUUCUUCCCCUUCCACCUUCCUUUGUGACUAUUUAUACAAGCUUUCCUUCAGUGCUGCAAAGCUGUUUACUGAGAGAAAACUAAAAGAAGAAUGUAAUAAGAGGUGGUGUGCUUUGGAAAGCAGCUUUUUGAGCUACUAUGAAAAUGAGAAAACAGCUUCUCCUAAAGGGAUGCUUGACAUCAAUGAAGUCACCUGCCUAGCCGUUCAGAAGGCUGACUCCUUCUUAUACACAGGAGCUAUAUUUACCUUUGAAAUCUACUUACUGUCAGAACGUGUGUUUCUGUUUGGUGCUGAAACUGCAUAUACUCAAAGAAAAUGGACUCAGGCAAUUGCCAAGCUCUUUGUCCCCAUAAUGGCCAAAUGUCUUCUGGAGAGGGACUAUGAUGUGAUUGGCCAGCUGUACUAUAAAGACUGUCACAAUCUGGAUAACUGGAAAAAAGGCUGGUUUGCUAUAGAGAAGUCAAGCCUGUAUUUUUGCUUAGAACUGGAAAACUACCAAGAGGAUUCGAUGCAUUUAAGGAGGCUCCAGGAAUUAACAGUAAGCAGCAUAAUCCAAAAUGGAGAAAAAAUAGAUGUCCUGCUUCUGGUUGAAAAAGGAAGAACCUUGUAUAUCCACGGCCACACCAAGUUGGAUUUCACAGUCUGGCACAGUGCAAUUGAAAAAGCAGCAGGUACAGAUGGCAACGUGCUAGAAGAUCAGCAGCUCAGCAAAAACGACGUCCCGAUUAUAGUGAACAGCUGUAUUGCAUUUGUUACGCAGUAUGGCUUAGGUAGCAAAAACAUCUACCUCAAUGGUGGGAAUCCUUCUCAUGUGAGCAAACUUCUAGAGAGCUUCAAAAAGGAUGCAAGAAGUGUUAAGCUGAGGGCUGGAACACAUCAGCUGGAAGAUGUUACCGACACACUGAAAAGCUUUCUGUCCGAAAUAAAUGAUGCACUUCUUACCAAAGAGCUUUAUCCAUUUUGGAUCUCUGCCUUAGUUAAGCCAUGGCUACAGUUCACUUCUGCAGGAGAAGCAAAACAGCACUGGGGACAUUCAUCUGUGAAUGUGGGCUCCAUUCUCAUAGACAAGCAGGUACAUGAAGAACAAGUGAAGCAAAUGGAUAUUGAAAAUAGCUUUAUCACCAAAUGGAAAGAUACUCAAGUUUCCCAGGCUGGAGACUUGCUCAUUGAAGUUUACGUCGAAAGGAGGGAUCCAGACUGCAGCGUUAUAAUAAGGGUAUCGCCAAUGAUGGAGGCAGAAGAGCUGACUAAUGACAUAUUGGGGAUAAAAAACAUCACACCGCACAAGGAUGAUGUGUGGGCUACAUUUGAAGUGAUUGAAAAUGGAGAGCUAGAACGUCCUUUACAUUAUAAUGAGAAUGUUCUAGAACAAAUUCUUCAUUGGAGCUCAUUGCCAAACCCCAGCAGUGCAUGCCUUGUAAUAAAGAAGUUCCUAACAGCGGAUGCAAUGAAACUGUACAAGGAGAAGAAUACAAAAGACAUCAUAAAAGCCAGCUAUCUGAAAUACAAAGAAGAGCCAUCUAAAUUACUGUCUGGAAAUAAGUUUCAAGACCGUUAUUUUGUUUUGCAGGAAGGAAAUUUCCUCCUUUACAAGGAUAUAAAGAGCAAUAAGCCUGAGAAAGUACUGCCGGUCAAAUCGCUAAAGCUUUAUCUGGGAGUGAAAAAAAAAAUGAAGCCACCUACCAGCUGGGGCCUAACCUUGUAUAUGGAAAAGUUCCUCUGGCAUUUAUGUUGUGAUGGACAGGACUCUCAGCUGGAAUGGCUAAGCAGCAUUUUUAUUGCACAGCUCAGUGAUACCUGUCCACCAGAUGGAAAAACAAGAAAGCAAUCUAUUACAAAAAAUCCAAAAAUUGGUGGCUUGCCUUUAAUACCAAUCCAGCAUGAAAGAUGUUCUCCAAAAGUGAAGACCAACACAGCACAGAAUUCAGGACUGGAAUCUGAAAAUAAUUUAAAUGAAGACAAAAAGAGUUUAAAGGAAAGAGUCUCAAGGGUGGCUCAGUGUCUGGAACGCAAAGAAGAAAAAGCUCGAAGCUGCACAAGAAAGCAUAGAAGCCUGAUCUGUUUAGAUGACAUGGAUGAAGAUGUGGUUGACUUGCACCAACGACCUUACAAAGAAUCAAAGUCAUCAAAGAAAACUGAGGACAAAGCCAGUCGAACUCAAUUGGAAUCUGAUAAGAAACUUCCUGCAAAUGUUAUUCAAGAACUCCACAUGGUUCUAGAGAGGCACCGAGCCCUCCAUGAAGAAAGUUCAGAUUUGUAAAUCAAUUUGCUAAUUGUUCUAGGAAAUGAAAUACGUUGGCAGUGUAUAGUGUACAGACAUCAAGUGUAUUUAUAUGUAAAUGUCAGUUGAAAAGAAAUGGGUGCUAUCUACUACUCUAGGGAGAAGUGUGGUGAUAGCAAAAUCUGAAUAUUGCAGCUAGCACACUCCUUUCUUAGACUUGUUUUCUUUGAUUUCUUUAGUUUGCCAACUUCCUAAGCCAGAUGUGCCUCAGGUUGGCAAAAUCUUACUUUCCAAACAGCUGGACAUCAUCAGCUUAAAGUACAGGAGAUGUACUGGGUGAUAUUUCUCACCUCCAAUCAGAGGUGAGUCUGCUGCUACUUGAUAACUCCCUGCAGCUCUUGGGCAUACUCUGAAGAUACCGCAAGAACAAAUUAAGAUGCAUCAGCAGUUCCAACAUCUGCUUUACUCCCAUAGAUUAUUAGACCUGGAGAAAAAUGACAAUGGGCUAUAGUCUUAGAAUAAUCAUGUUCUAGGUCCCCGAGUUGAUCUUUUCUCUAAAAUGCCCUAUAACCUUGAAGAAAUACUGACACAAUGGACUCACCCAAUAAUAAAUAUUACUGGGAAUGGAUUACCUAAUUUGAAGAAUGAACUGACAGCUGCCUUAAUAGACCACCAUCCAGUAAAGCUCUUGAUGUGCAUCUACCAGUUUUGUGUCGUCCUCCUCUUGUUCCCAUCCAACCUGUUCCUGUAGGCAUUGCCAUACUUCACACAGCAAACAGGACUGCUGCAUUAAGCACCAGUUUCUGGUGAAAGAAACACUGAUGUGCCAGCCAUAGUCGAGUUUGUGGUAUAUUUUUGGUAAAGCUCUGAGAAGUUUGAUAAAUGAUUUGGCAGUUCAAGGAAGGAAAGCCGACCCAGAAAGCAUGGGCUAUGUACUUUUAUGCAAAGAUGAUGCUCUCUCAGUCCCUGUCAUGGGUUGCAAACUUGUCCAUAAGCAUGAAUAAUCUCACCAAACUAAUAAUAAUUUGACUAGUAAGUAUGACUCAGAACCCACUAAUGUAGUAUAAUGGGCUGUUAUGUACUACAGUGUUAAACUGUAAAAUAUUGCCCUAUGCAGAGAACAGAAUGAGCUGGUAGA